AUGUCAAUACGCGACUAUAUCUACUGGUACAGAGAUGACCUUCGGCGAGCCCUUUUAAUUCGUAACUAUGAGGAGAAGAUCAAGGCUUGGAAUGAUGUCGUUUCAGGAUAUGUCUGGGAUGACGGCGUAUACGAAGACGACAACUCGGACGAAGGUAUUGAAGCUGGUGCUCCUCAGAUCGACUCCUCAAGCACUUGGGGCAACCCGGUUGAUGACGAUGACUCCCUUGGGACAUGGCAAGAGUCGGAUACAGAUAACCUGCUCUCAUUGAGCGAAGAAGCCUCAAAGACUGGUAUCUCGGAUGAAGAGACGAAUCCAUUGGAAGAUGAGAAUGGAGGUAACAUCUCUUCUACCGUUUCAGAGGAAACUGAGGAUGCACCAUCUGCGGAAACCGAGCUUCACCCUUUGACCGAUAUUACCAGGACCGCCAUCAAUGGUACGGCCCUCGACACCAAGGAAACCAACCUCGAAGGUAAAUGCAGUCACGCUGAAACCUCUGAAGAUGUCCAGGGGAUUGUCACCGAAUCGGAAGCGCCCACUCGAGCCAGACAAGGGAAGCGCAAAGCCGCAUUCGAAGAUGAUCGCGAGAACAUUCAAGUUUGUGCUACUACUGGUUCCAGCAAGCGGACUCGCAUUGCCGCAGAACCGUCGACCGUCGACAACUGCGUCCCCCCCACACUGCAGUAG